CCUCAAGUGUGCUAGAGUUUCAAGUAUUUUGGUAGUGCUCGAGGCUUCAAGUUGGGUCAGGUCGUCUCAAGCCAGAUCUGAUUAUAUUUUCAACAUUACCAAACUGGUUACUUCUUAUAUCUAGUAGACCAGACAGCCUUGGGUUUCUGGACUAUUCCAAAGGUCAUUCCAAGCAACCUUAAAAUAGCCCAUCUCUUAAAACAGGCAACAGACUAAGCAUACGUAAUCAGAGCAAACAACUACAACAUUUUGUCCAGUUCAAAGAAGACCCUCACGUCAAUAAGGAUAGUGUCUAAGUAGUGGCUGGAUACGCAACUGCUAGUAGCUUUUGCUGUUCUCCUCACACAUGGGGCCGAAGAUUAAGAUUUGUAAACAAAAGAAAUAUCGCAGCGACGUAAUUGCAACAGCUCAAGCGUCGGGAUUUAUCCUUCAGUUCUGGAAUGCGCUUCUUGUUGGAGAUGACCUCACUAUUAUCAGUAUCAUUGAUGACCCAGAAUGUACUUAUCUCAUAGAUGCUAUAUAUGACACCAGCAACAUAGAGGAAUGGAAAAACUUCAGGUUCAACUACAGAGGGCUAAGACUGUGGUCAUUGACAUACGAACAGGAGUUGACCACACCGCUACACGUCACUGCCGGCAGGGGUUUCACUGAGUGUCUAAGACAUCUUCUCCAGAGGGGCGCUCGAGUGGACCUGGCACCUGGGGGCACCACUGCUCUACAUGAGGCCUGUGAAGAGUGCCAGCAAGAGUGUGCCAUGCUGUUGCUGCAGUACGGCGCCAAUGCCAACGAGGUGAACGAGGAUGGGCAGAUGCCCCUGCACGUGUGCACUGAGCUCGAGUCGCUUGAGUGUGCCAAACAUCUAAUCUCAUCUGGCGCUGUUAUUAAUGGUCAAAGCUUGUAUGAGAAUGACACACCCCUCCAUGUGGCCGCCCGCCAUGGCCUUCCAGGUCAUGUGGAGCUCUACUUACGUUAUGGAGCGGCGCUAAACCUACAAAAUGAUGAAGGACUCACGCCACUCAAUUCCGCCUGUUCCCAACCACAAGACCGCGCGUCUCUAGAGCGCUACACUAGUGUGUGCCACCUGCUAGUGUCUGCUGGGGCAGACAUACAUAUUAGUGACGCAGACAAGCAGACACCACUGCAUAUGGCGUGCAAGAACGUCAACCCUGAUGUGGUAGAACUACUGCUUAAACACAAAGCCUCGGUCAAUGAGAUGGAUUACAGUGCAGAUGCACCUAUGCAUAACAUCCUGAAGGGGGUGGCCUAUAAGGUAGACAAUGAGCCUGAGAGGAUUGUACAGGCACUACUCAACUACGGAUCCAUCAGAGUGUGGCCUGGAGCCCUGCCGAAGGUGCUGAAAUAUUGCUGCAUAUCUCCACGAACAAUAGAGGUGCUCUUCAAUGCCUAUGACCGCCUCAAAAUCACUGACGCCUGGGUAGAGGCAGUUCCUACUGGGGGUAUUUCAGAAACACCAGGAAUUCUACGAAUCCUUGUUUGCACUGACACAAACGCCUCGAUCUCUGCAGCACCUGGCUCGUCACAGACUCCGAACAUUUCUGGAAGGUCGCUUGCACAGGGUAGUCCCUAAACUGGGUCUACCCACUUUUCUUAAAAAUUACCUAAUGCUGGCAUUCAAAGGCUAUAUUCACUGAGAGAGACCAUAAACCUGAGAAUGUUGAAUGUGUAAGUGUGCAGUGAUUGAGUUUUAUACGGUGACCUAUUUCCUUUGGUCAUGUAGAUGGACAAUAUGGAUGUUUAAAGAGAGAAGCAGGGGGUAUUGUGUAACAUAAAGUGGUGAUAAAUCUAGUAUUGUGUGUCAUUUUGAAGGAAUUGUAAGAAAAAUGGGACUGUCACCUUUCAGUUUAGAAGUUCAAAUGAAUGGUGAUUUUAUAGGAAUUUGUGAAAUGGAGGUGCUUAACCUCAGUCUGUUUUGUCAAUGAAGACAAUUAUUAUAAUGUGUAUAACUAGAAUGAUAUAAUUCAGUUUUUCCUUUGUAAAAUAUACAUAUAUAUAUAUAUAUAUAGAGAGAGAGAGAGAGAGAGAGAGAGAGAGAGAGAGAGGAGAGAGAGAGAGAGAGAGAGAUGAAAUUUUGUUUAUAUAGAAGGACAGAACUAGUCAGUAUACUACAUACUGUAUAUUCGAUGUAACACAAUACAAUUACAAUAUUUACCACAAGGGGGCGCAAUGGAGCUCAAAUGAAAUCUGAACUCCAUUGAACUUGAAAGUUCUCAAAUCACUAAUGAAAAUUGAACUUCAAAUAAAACUGUCAGU